UCGAUACUUCGUACUUUGAAUAACGAGAACUAAAAUCGUUGUGUUCUUCAGCAAAACCCGAGAGAAGUAUCAAGCAGUAAUAACGCUUCAAGGAGCUGAUUUGGAGGAGCUAUCGAAUAUAAUUCCCUAAAAUGGAUCUGAAUCCACCUCCAGGAGAGAAUUAUGCUCAUCCAAAGAUAUGCUUCUUCCAUGUGUUUUUCAAGGCUGCUGCCCUGGCAUUUUAUAUUCUUUCAGCUCUCUUCAUAUCAAAUUUUGUCAUCAUCUUUGUGGUAACUGUGCUUCUAGCUGCCCUUGAUUUUUGGGUGGUCAAGAAUGUAAGUGGACGCAUCUUGGUAGGUCUUAGGUGGUGGAAUGAGAUAAAUGAAGAUGGUGAGAGUGUGUGGAGAUUUGAAUGUCUUGACCAAGAGUCACUGGCUCGAAUGAACAAGAAAGAUUCAUGGCUGUUCUGGUGGACCUUGUACCUUACAGCUGUUGUGUGGGUGGUUUUUGCUAUAUUCUCUCUCAUCAGGUUACAAGCUGAUUAUCUUCUUGUUGUUGGUGUAUGUUUGACCCUCAGUAUAGCCAAUAUUAUUGGCUUUACUAAGUGCCGCAAAGAUGCUAAGAAGCAGCUUCAAGCAUUUGCCACCCAGACCAUUGCUUCUCGCUUCACAUCUUCCAUUCAAUCUGCAUUUACUGCUGUUUGAAUGAUUAUUACGUGUAGACUGGAGGAAAGCAGCCUGGGAUCCUUAAGAAUCAGUGUUCUUUUACCUAAAUGAUCAAUGUAUCUGUCAAUGUAGAGGUAUUGCUUAUGCAUUCUUGUAGGGAGAUGUAUACAACACGGAAGGUCUAUGUAAUAUGUUGAUCUGUGGAGGCCUUGUAAUACAUGAGAAGUAGAUUCUCUUUUCUUCACGACAUUGUUAGGAAAUACAAUUAAUUUUGGUUUUUUCAUUAUUUCGAUCUCAUAUUUUGCUUUUAGUCUUCCACCUUGCUAAAGAUUGUGGGGAAAUGUACCAAAUUGUAAUUACUACCAGCUUGCUUUUAUUGGUUCUGUUUUAGUU